UUACCUUUAAAUAAUGUCUCUAAAAUUAUUUCAGUGAUAGAACAACUUUUAAACGGACAAAUUGUACUGUUGCUGCAACCUGAGCAGCCUCCUAGCUGCUACAAGCACACUCUGAAAGUGGCGGUGGAGGGUAGGAAACACAGCCCCGCCCCUCCCCCUGCCUGCAGAAGAGUGUCUGAUACCAGGCACUGUUGCGCUUUUCAACCACAUGGGGGAGCUGUAAGUAAUUUUUACAUGGAAACUACAUAGUGUUGCUUUAAUAAAAAAUUAAAAUGAUAGCUAUGAUUUUGCAAAACAAUGCAUUCUGUUUCCCACACACAACAACGAUGAUGCAUUAGUUACUGAAGCACAUGAGGUGAAACUAUAAUGAUGCACAGAAACUGGGAUUCCCCUUAAGUUCAGUCCUCAAGAGAGACAGGUGAGCAAAGGUAGAUGGCUCACAUGAUCGAAAUCGUUUCUCGGCCAACUGUGGACUUUCCAAUCCAUACCAGACACAUGAAUCUACAUGAGGAGCAGGUAUUUUUAUCUAGCACACAAGUUAGUUAGUGCUUUAACAGUUUUUUUAUAUAUAGAAAAUCAGUGUGGCCAUUUAGUGCUGCAUUAUCAAAGGUCGUAUGAACUGAUGGCCCCUAGAGGAGCAAUUUGUCCAUCGGUCAUACCGUACAUCAGUCAUGCUAAUCACAGACAGCCAUCAAACCAAAUAAAAGGAAACCAACUGUAGAAGUUUACAGGUUUCGUUUUAGUCCUCAUCACCAGCAUACAUUGUAAGUACAUUCAGCAUAUCUAAACAUGUAGAUUUAUUAAGCAAUGCUAUCUCUUAAAUGUUAAAUUAUGCUUACUAUGUAUUUUACAUUUAUUAAAGUAAAAAAGCAUUCAAAUGAAUAUUAAUAAUGUUGUGCUUAGGUCCAAAUUUAGCUGUGAUUUCUACAGCGGUCAAUACUGCUUGUACAGACCACUGCUUAAGGAUGUCAAGGGUGGAAGGUUACGGAGAGUCUGACCUGCGCUUCCAGCUACGAGCAUAUAGGACCGAGAUCGCCAUGGCAAUCCAUGACCCCUUCCCACUGCUGUAUGGACUGGCCGAUCACAACAUCAUCUCUGAACAGAACCUGAAGGAGACUUUAGAGCGAAAGAAAAAAGAUGGGAUCCACAAAGCUGUCUACUCCCUCCUAACCCUACUACUGGAUCAGGAUGCUGCCGUCCAUCAGGCCUUCUGGAAUAAUCUUUGUAAGGAGUACAACAAGGAGAGUUACCCAAAAUUGGAAACCCUGUUUAUGAACCUCCCCAAAGGACUGAGGCAGAUGGUCAGACACACAAGUAACCCCAGGCUUGAGCUGCAGGUUCGAAGCCAAACGGGCAAGAAGAGAGGGGCGGCAGAAAAACAGCUAUCCCAUCGUUCUCAUCACUACUCCAGGAGGGCAUUACCUUCCAGCUCAGGAGGCAAAGGGAAGUCUAUGAGGAAGACGGACGGUGCACUUUCUCAAGUCUCGGUUGGAAACGGAGUCCAGGCUGUCUCUACCUCACUUCAGCGGGCUGUGACGGUGUCUGCCAGCGACCGGCCCACUGGAUGCGGGACAGUAGAGGGAAUUUUAAUACAGAAAGUCAUUGAGUCCGGGGGUGCCAAAAAAUGCAUCAAGGUUGGAGGAGAGUUCUACUCUUCUGGCAAACUGGACGAGACAGCUGGACACAAGACGCAGACUGCACCAAACUUUACUCACCAGCAGGGGGAGCCAAGCACCAGAGCUAUGAAUGUGGAGCAUAAUGAUGAUGAAUGUGCAGUGUGUAAAGAUGGUGGCGAACUCAUCUGCUGUGAUGGCUGUCCUCGUGCCUUUCACCUUACCUGCCUGGUCCCGCCCCUCACCUCCAUACCAAGUGGUACAUGGCGGUGUCAGUUAUGCCAUAGCAACAGAGCCAGUGAGAGGCCAUACAACCCCUUGCAGACUGCAGUUCACGUUCCCAUGACGGAGACGGGCUCCAGCUCUACUGUGGACUUCUCCUUCUUCUCCUCUUUGUCCUCUACUUCACUUUCUACAGUCACAGGAGGCAAAAGUGCUCAGUCCAUGGGCCUCCAGUCUUCUAAUGGAGAUAUGAUCGGUGUCAGGAUAGCUUGUGAAAUUUGCCAUCUCACCCGAGGAGAGCUGAUCACCUGCUCUCAGUGUCUACAGAGCUACCAUGUCCACUGCAAUUUCUCAAAUGGAAAGACUAAAUGUAGGAAUUGUUCCAGGAAUUGGGGUUCAGAAAACGAAACUUCAUCUAACAGUCAUCAGAUGAACUCCCACAUAAGUGAUCACAGUUUAGUUCCCUCAGAGCAACUGCUGAACAAAGAUGAAGUGGACUCCAUAAUGGGAGAGAGCUCUAUAGAUGGUAUCCUGCAGUGGGCUUUCCACAACAUUUCACGUCCUAUCUCUGAAUCUCAGGCCUAUUUUUAGUAAUCCAAUAUCUAUCUAUCUAUCUAUCUAUCUAUCUAUCUAUCUA